UCUUACCACACACUAGCCGGUGACCUUCCCUCUCCCAAGGGCUGGGUUGGGGACCCCGAGUCUCCCAGCCGUGUCAAGCUCUGGCUGGUGGCCGGGUCUCCAGUCAUCUCCCCCUCCCCCCCAUGCCCUGCCCUGGCACUGACGCCCCCCUUCCUCCCACAGGCCUGCCCCUCGCCAUGGCCCUGCCCCGCACCCUGGGCGAGCUGCAGCUGUACCGGGUGCUGCAGCGGGCCAACCUGCUCUCCUACUACGAGACCUUCAUCCAGCAGGGCGGGGACGACGUGCAGCAGCUGUGUGAGGCGGGCGAGGAGGAGUUCCUGGAGAUCAUGGCGCUGGUCGGCAUGGCCACCAAGCCCCUGCACGUCCGGCGCCUCCAGAAGGCCCUGCGGGAGUGGGCCGCCAACCCUGGCCUCUUCAGCCAGCCCAUGGCCUCCCUGCCCGUCAGCAGCAUCCCCCUCUUCAAGAUCUCCGAGAGCGGCGGGCGCAAGUCGCUCAGCAACGGGCACGCCAGCCCUGGCGAGGCCCCGGGCAAGGCCACGCCGCCCGCCUGCAGCCCCUCGGAGCCGGGGGAGAAGCUCUCCCCCCUGCCCACCCCCCAGUGGCCGGGGCGGAGCACCCCGGAGUCGGAGGGGGGCGGCGCGGAGGAGGACGGGGGGCCGCCCCCCUUCUCGCCAGGGGCAGGCGGGGAUCCGGCCCCGGAGCAGCUGGACCCGGAGCUGGCGAGGACGGUGGCGGAGAGCGUGGAGCGGCUCCUGCAGAGCUGCCCGCGGGGGGGCGAGCCCGGGCUGCGCACCCUCAUGAAACUCAACAAGAAGCUGGCCAAGGCGGUGGGGCACAUCUUCCAGCUGGACGACGGGGACCGGCGCAAGGAGGCGGAGAUCCGGCGGCACAGCGCCAUCUACGGGCGGGGCGAGGCCCGGCGCCGCGACGGCAAGCCGCUCACGCUGCACGAGCUGACCAUCAACGAGGCGGCCGCGCAGUUCUGCCUGCGCGACCACACGCUGCUGCUGCGCCGGGUGGAGCUGUUCUCCCUGUCGCGCCAGGUGGCCCGGGAAAGCACCUACCUGUCCUCGCUCAAGGGAGCCAGGUCGCAUCCGGACGAGAGCGGAGCCGUGCAGCCCAAGAAGCUGAAGCAGGAGGUGGGUGAGCAGAGCCGCCCUGAGCCCCUGCAGCUGCCGGGGGGGUCGGAGUCCUACGCCCCCCCGUACAGAGCCAGCCUGGAGGAGGACACGGCCAGCCUGUCGGGAGAGAGCCUGGAUGGGCAUCUGCAGGCCGUCAGCUCCUGCCCCCGCCUCACGCCGCCCCCCAGCGCUGCCCCCGACCUGCCCCUCAGCCUCCCCCCCCACGGGCUCUGGAGCCGCCACAUCCUGCAGCAGACGCUGAUGGACGAGGGGCUGCGCCUGGCCCGGCUGGUGUCCCACGAGCGCGUCGGGCGCCUCAGCCCCUGCCUGCCAGGCAAGUCCCCAGGCCCAGAGUUCGAGGACGGGCUGGCAGAGGGGCCCCCCCCGACCCAGGCCGAGUCCCACCGGAGCAGCGUCAAGGUGGAGCAGGAGACCAGCCGGCAGUGAGCUGCCUAAGCCCCCGCGUUGGGGGGUGGGGCGCACGGCAGCUCCCCCGUCUCCACUAAUAAGCAAUAACCACAGGACUGGAAGGCCCCCCCAUGAUCUCUCCUGGAGCUGGAGCCCCCCCUCCCCAUGUGCUCCCCAGAGAGCCAGGCCCGGGGGCACCGGGAGGCUGGACAGCAAGCUGGCCAUGCCCAGGGCACAGGGACAGUGCCAGCAGGGAGGGCACAGCGCCGUGAAUGUAACUGGCUGGGCAGAGUCCGACUGCCCCCCACCCCAGACAUCGUGCCUCCCCCCUCCAGAACCCACCCUGGCCCCCUGCACUCACAGCUGGCUGCUCUAGCCCCAGCUCUCCCCCCAGCUGGGGUGAUAGGAAGUGUAACUCUUCAGUUCCAGGGGGUUUUAAGGGGGGGUGACAUUCAUUUCCCCCCGGAGAGGCAGGGAGAAGAAAGGAGCUGGGGGGGGGGAACCCCAGGAAGAGGGAAGGGCUCUUGCAGGCAAAGCACAAGAAUGGGGGGGCUGAAAGGGCCUGGGAGGGCUGAAGGGGCCAGGGGUGAUCCCAGGGGGCCUAGGAGAAGGAUUCUGAGUUCAGAGGGUCUGGCCCAGCCUCCCCCAGCAGCUGUGGAGGGGAACCAACCUGAUGGUUGUGGGCAGGGAGGUCCUGAGGGGGGGACACCCCCCCAAAUUCCCCCUUCCACCACUGCCCCCCAACUCCCCAUCUACCUCCCACAUUCACCGGCCCAGCAAUUGUCCCAGUCUGCAAGCCCCACACCCCAAAAUCCAACACCCAUCCCUGGUCCCAGCCGACCACUCCUGCAAGGCUGGGGAUGUGUGUGGGGGGACAUGCUGUCCUUUGUGCACCCCCCUCCUCACCCCAGAGGCUCAGGAGCCAGCUGUUUGCACACAGUUCAGGGUACAGGGCAGACAGUCCACCCCCCGGACCCUGCCCCAGCCCCCAGCAUAGGGGGGCCUUAGCAUGGGGUGGGGGGAAGAGAUUUAAUGGGACAAUCAGGGUACCCCUGCCCCAUGUCACCACCAGAGGGGGGCAGAACAGAUUAAAUAGCCACCUGGCUGGUGGGGGGGCACCAGGGAAAAGAUGGGGGGGCUCAGCACCAGUGUCACUGUCCCCAGCAUAUUCCACAGGAGGCUGUUCCCCUCCUCACUCGCUGGGGUGGGUCUGGGCUGCACUUUGGAGCCCCCCCC